AUGACAUCAUCUUCAUACCUGCAGUACCUGUAUGCAUUCUCUGUCACACCCAUGAGCUCCAUGGACGAGAAAGAACUGACUCAGCAACCACCCACUGCCACCAACUGUCCCUACACUGAACUAGUCAAAUCUUUGCACUCUGAGAGUCCUAUCUCUAGAUAUCACCAUUUGUGUUGUAGUUUUAAUCCACUAUGUUUGCAGAGGUCAAAGUUUAUUGUGUACCUACUCCCACACACUGUGCAGAGGGAGUCUCAAGAGGAGGCUGGGCCUAACUUCUUCUUUGAUCAGAGAGCUCUUGAUUCAGCUCAUCGCAAACAGAAGAGACAACAGGACGGAGGACCUCCUGCAAAGAGACGACCCCCUCCCCAGCCCAGGGGGCCGUGCUGGUUCUGUCUGGGGGGCAAGGAGGUGGAGAAACAUCUCGUGGUCUCCAUCGGAGAUCAUACGUACCUGGCUUUAUCCAAGGGUGGGAUUGUACCAGAGCAUGUGCUGGUCCUACCCAUCGGUCACUAUGCAGCCUCCACUGACGCACCACCAGAGGUUUUGGAGGAGCUUGGAAAGUUUAAGAGUGCUCUGAGGAAGUACUUCAACAGCAAAGAUCAGUUGUGUGUCAUCUUCGAGAGAAACUACAAAUCACAACAUCUUCAACUACAGGUUAUUCCAGUGACCAAGAUUCCAUCUGAUGCUCUGAGACAAGCCUUCAUAGAUUAUGGGUGGAGUAUGGGGGUGUGGCUUGAGACUGUGCCCAGGGAAACACCACUCUCAGAGAUUGCGUACACUGGUGUUUCAUAAAUCCUGGCAGAAUUUGAUGAUGGGGGAAAUAUGUUCACAAGACCAUUUCCUCACCAACUCACGCAGACAAACAACCAGAUCACUGAAUAUAGGUUAUAGUAUGUUUCUACUACUGUGAGCUCAUGAGGUAAACAGCACUCUCAAGUGAGUAGGUAAGAACAUAUCCGUGAGUCUCGUCACACCGACAAUGCACACCUCUAACCUUUCUAUUGCAUACUCAGCAAAUGUCUCUUCCACAAAUCUGUCAUCAUACCUAUCGAGUGAACACACAAACUGUUCUAGUUCCUGGAACAAUACGUACGGGCGUUUCUCUCUCCAAUUUGGAAGGGAGGUGUUGGCUGAUCCUCUCGUUCUGAAUCUGCCCAAUCAGAUCAACUGGAAGUUGUGUCUUGCGACAAAGGACGAGAAGACGAAAGUUGCUCUAGAAAUGAGGAAGAACUUUGAAUCAUGAUUUCACAACUUACAACUGACAACGAUGAUCAAGUUUAUUUUCACUUUUACUUUUGUAUAAUUGACGUUUUGUGUUUGUUG